AUGCCGGAGCACCGCGACGGCUUCAAGCGAGCGUUCGGCAGCGGCGGCUCCUUCGACGGCGACGGGCAGCUGCUGCGCGACAACGCGGGACGGUUCGUCCUGAAAGACCAGGGCGUCGCCGAGGUCGCGCAGCGCCUCGCGAGCCGGGACCAGGUCAGCAGCGUCGACGACAUGUACGCCCACGCGGUGCACUCGCCCCCGAGCGUCGCGUUGAAGGAGCUCGACGGGCUCGACCGCUACCAGCGGAAGCCGCGCGGCGAGCGCGCGCGCGUCGCCCGGUACGCCGUCGAGUUCGAGGACUUCCGCCAGCAGAACCCGACGCCGUCGCUGGAGGACGCGGUCAAGCACCUCAGCGACAUCGUCACCGCGACCGGGACGCGGUUCGCCGUCGAGCUCAUCAAGGUGUCGGAGUUCGUCCCGGGCGCGAGCCCCCAGGGCAACGACACGGUGCUCGUCGUCGUGCUGCUCGUGGCGCUCCGGGGCCAGAAGCCCGACGACGCGUUCAACCGGCGCGCGGCGACGACGAAGGAGCUCGGCCGCAUCCUCGACCUCAUCAGCAGCAUCGGCACGAUCAUGCCGUUCUACCUGCUGGUGCUCGAGGCGUGCGUGCUCCCGGGCGAGGACCAGGGCCUGUUCUCGCACACGGUCCUCGAGGAGGAGGAGGACGGCCGCUUCGUGCAGCUCCGCUUCAACCCGCGGUCCGCGCUCACGGACAUCACCUCCGCGCCCGCGCUCCGCGACCCGAGCGCCGAGAUCAACAGCGCUCUGCUGCGCCUGAUCAAAGGCGACUACGCCGUCGUGCUCUCCUCCCGCGGCGCCCAGCGGGCGUGGAACCACAUCGAGAAGCUCCUCCCGAGCGACAAGACGCCCGUCACCGUGGAGCAGUGCGCGCACCUGUCGCUGAACCAGGCCUGCAAGGCCGCGCGCGUGGGCGCCGUCGGCGCCUUUUCGCGCGCCAUCGGGCUGCUCAACUACUCGGGCGUCGCGUUCGACCCCGGCGCCGCGCUCGCCGACGGCGGCGAGGAGCUGGACGACGCCGCGGCCGACGACGACGACGACGACGACGGCGGCGGCGACGACGACGACGACGACGACGACGACGGCUUCUGCGGCGAUGACGACGACCAGGACGCCGCGGUGGAACCCCCGGAGGCGGUGGCCGUCGACGGCAACGGCGGCGACGACCACGGCGCGCGACCUCCGUCGCAACUCGUCGUCUGGGCGCGCGGCGGCUUCUCCUUCAAAGUCCCGCGCUUCACGACCGAGGUCGUCACCGAGACGGGCCGGCGGCGCUACAAGCACGACUCGGGCGAGGUGGCGCUGCUCUCCUUCCUCGACGCGACGGCGUUCGCGGCCAAGCACGCGGACGACCCGAACCUGACGCCCGGCGCGGUCUUCGACGCCAUCGUGGCCCAGGUCCCGCGCUUCACGACCGAGGUCGUCAACGAGAAUGGCGUGCGGCGCUACAAGCACGACUCGGGCGAGGUGGCGCUGCUCUCCUUCCGCGACGCGACGGCGUUCGCGGCCAAGCACGCGGACGACCCGACCCUGACGCCCGGCGCGGUCUUCGACGCCAUCGUGGCCCAGGUCCCGCGCUUCACGACCGAGGUCGUCAACGAGGCGGGCGUGCGGCGCUACAAGCACGACUCGGGCGAGGUGGCGCUGCUCUCCUUCCGCGACGCGACGGCGUUCGCGGCCAAGCACGCGGACGACCCGACCCUGACGCCCGGCGCGGUCUUCGACGCCAUCGUGGCCCAGGUCCCGCGCUUCACGACCGAGGUCGUCUCCGAGGCGGGCCUGCUGCGCUACAAGCACGACUCGGGCGAGGUGGCGCUGCUCUCCUUCCGCGACGCGACGGCGUUCGCGGCCAAGCACGCGGACGACCCGACCCUGACGCCCCGCGCGGUCUUCGACGCCAUCGUGCCCCAGGUCCCGGGCUUCACGGUCGAGGUCGUCAAAAAGGACACAGGCGGGCGGAGCUACAAGCACGAGUCGGGCUGCUUUCUGGCGGUGCCGCUCACGGUCGCGCGCAAGAUCGCGACGAUGCUCGCGAGCUUGAGCAGCGUCGCGGAUUCUGACGUCGACCACGCCUUCCGGACCUGCGCGCCCGCGAAGCAGAAGAAGCGGCGCGACCCGGUGCGCGGCAGGCCGGCGGCGCGGGCCGUCGACCCCGUGGCCGUCGACCCCGUGGCCGUCUUCAUGAGCGACCCGCUCGCGAUCCUCACGCCGCAGCACCGCCAGGAGCUCAAUUCCAUGGGCGAUGGCGAGCUCGAGGCGCUCUUGUCGAUGAGCCUGAGCCAGGUCGCCCCCCGCGAGUAA